AUGAAGAAUAAUCAAUAGCUAACUACAGAAGAAGACGAAAUGAUAUCAGAUGAACCAUGGAGGGAAUACAUAGAGUAAUUUAAAGACUUGCGAUAAAAAGUGAACCAGAAGGCAGAUUAGGAAUACUAGCUUGUGACAAGACUCGAAUAAACUUUGAACUUGAUUGGUAAGGGUUAGAAGCCCAAUCCUGACAAGGCCUAAUUUAUCCAUAAGGCUAAAUGCAUAUUGCUUAAGUUGAAGAGAGAUCUGCAUUUCUUCUUUGCAGACGAACAUGAAUUAACACUCUAAUGUAUCACCAUUUUAUUGAUUCAAAUAUUGGAGGACUAUCCAUACAUCUUUAAUGAUUGUCAACAGUAAAUGUUAGAAAUGUUAACCUGUUUGACUCUUAAAGAUUACACUUUGAUACUCCUCAUUAACUGCAUAAGUUUGAAGGAGUACAUAAAGAAAUUGGCAAAGGAGAUAUUUUUGGAGUCUACACAAUAUAAUCCAACGAGUGAAAUUCUCUUUCUGUUGAUUGUGAUGAUGAUAGCUCAUUUGGACUUUAUAAAGAAUCCAGAAUUAGAGUUGGUUCAAUUGAUUGUGAAAUGUUUUUAGCACUACCAAGAUCAAAGAGAUAAAACCUUGAAAGAAAGAGAAAUUUAUGAUUAAAGGAAAAAGUUUGAAAAAAAGAUCACAAAGAAAUCAGGACAGGAAAAGGAACAAAUUGAACUUCCCCCUGAAAUGAAAUACAUGUAAGUUCCACAGGAAACUUGCAGAAUAUUAAAAUUGGGUUUAUCACUUAUUCCCAGUAAUAUUUGCUAAAUGCCUUCAUCCUACAAGUACUAAUAAUCUGAAGAGAUAAUGAAAGAGACAUCUCUAAAUGUAUUUUUCUGUACCUUGAGUUUCAAGAUUAAAUAAACAUUAGUGUAAACGAUAAAAGAGAAUAAAAGAGACUUUGAUGUGGUCUAAAUGUUAGUGGACAUUGCUGGAAUGCCUGAGUGUUUUACCUAAUAAAGAGAAGCCUUGAGAACAGUCAAUAUGUUCUUAGAAGGAUUUGAUGACACUCUGUUGUGGAUUAAAUUUGAUUCUACCAAUCUAUUUGACAAUAGCAAUCUUAAUAAUGUGUUGAUCUAUGGAGAUCCAACCAAAUUAACCAUUGAUUAAGGAUUGUUCUAUGAUGGUUGUGGUUGUUUCUUUGAUAGAGAUCAAGUGCUUCAAUUGGAAGAACCAUUGAAAAUCAACAAAAAAUAGAUUGCAGUUUCAUUUUGGAUGGUCAUGUUUAAUCCAGAAACUAGUAAAGCCAGAGGUGCUCAGAACAAUUACUAAGUUCGUACCCUUCUGGGUUCUAGUGAUGGCUAUUCAUCCUUAAUCAUAUCAGAUGCUUAUUCUCAAUUAUUGGGGGUUACCAAUGUCAGUCAAGAUGGAUAUGGAUACAAGUUCUUUGAACCUAAGAGUUCGGAUAAGAACUUUUCUGGUUGGAAUCAUGUUGUGAUUAUAUUUGACAACGAUUAGGAAUCAGCAUAUCUCUAUUUGAAUGGUGCCUAUGAAAGCCAAAUGAAUAAGGUAGUUACAUCAUUUGAUAUCCAGUUUAUUGGAAAUAGUGGUACUCUCGAUCAACCUAUUGGAUAUAUAUGUGAUUUGAGAAUCUAUCCCAAAAUCUUAAAUGAUCAGGAAAUCAAAAGCCUAUCUUAUUAUGAUAAAAAAUAAGUGAUGAUCAAUAGCAAGAAUGAUCUUGUAGACUAAAUUCUGAGCAAUAGAAUCAUCUUGGAUCUCAAACGACUACUGGGUUACUUCACUGGCAAAAACUCUGAAGCAUUGAUCUAAACACUUCAGAUACUCUCAAAAUUAUGCUAAGCCACCACCAUUUUCAGAUUGGAAUGUGCCAAGUAUGGAAUCUUUGAUUUGGCUAUGCAACUUCUGCCCUCCCCUAAUUAGCAAGUAUCAUAUUAGGCUGGAAUGUUAAUUAAUAAUAUGAAAUGA